AGCAGAGCGGUUGGCUGUCCCACGUUCGUGCCUCCCGCCCGGUAGAGCUGUUGUCCCCGCGUUCCCUCAGAGUUCCCUGCACGGCUUCCCGCAAUGGCAGGCAGCUGUGGAGCCGGCCAAGCCGCCGCCCGACGCGGGCAGGCAGCGCCCGGGCUGCGCAGCUCUCGGGACGGCGCGGAGGGGCAGGAAUCCCAAGCAUCUGGACUGCCUGAGUACGUAAAGAUUGUAGAAGUUGGGCCAAGGGAUGGUUUACAAAAUGAAAAGGUGAUUGUCCCAACUGAUACCAAAAUAGAGUUAAUCAACCGGCUUUCUAAAACAGGCCUUCCUGCAAUAGAAGUGACCAGUUUUGUUUCAUCCAAAUGGGUGCCUCAGAUGGCAGAUCACAAAGAGGUAAUGAGAGGCAUUGAGCGGCAUCCUGGAGUCCAAUAUCCUGUUCUCACGCCUAAUCUUAAAGGUUUUCAUUCAGCUAUUGCAGCAGGGGCUACAGAGGUCUCAGUAUUUGGUGCAGCAUCUGAAUCUUUUAGCAAAAUGAAUAUUAAUUGUUCUAUUGAAGAAAGCAUAGAAAAAUUUGAAGAAGUUGCUAAGUCAGCAAGAAAUAUGAAUAUUCCAGUGCGUGGGUAUGUGUCUUGUGCAUUGGGAUGCCCAUAUGAAGGAGACAUCACACCAGCUAAAGUGGCGGAAGUGUCUAAACGUCUGUACAGUAUGGGCUGUUAUGAAAUCUCUUUGGGGGACACAAUUGGUGUGGGGACUCCUGGAAGUAUGAAAAGAAUGUUGGAAGCUGUUAUGAAGGAAAUCCCUCUGAGUGCCCUUGCUGUUCACUGCCAUGAUACAUAUGGGCAGGCGCUAGCCAAUAUCCUCACAGCCAUACAGAUGGGAGUUGCUGUAGUGGAUUCAUCUGUUGCAGGUUUGGGUGGCUGUCCCUAUGCAAAAGGUGCUACUGGAAAUGUGGCCACAGAGGAUGUGAUAUACAUGCUUAAUGGUCUAGGGAUCAAUACAGGAGUCAAUCUUUAUACUGUGAUGGAAGCUGGAAACUUCAUCUGUACAGCUUUGAACAAGAAAACGAACUCAAAGGUUGCACAAGCUUCCUUCAAUACUGGAGCUGUCAAGUAAAUGGAUUUUCUUUGCAGAUUAAUUACAUUUGUCAUCUACCUUGACCAAGGACACAUUUAUCAAGAAACCAAAUAUAAGAAAACCAUUUCAGCAAAGAACUAAAAUAGAACCCAGAUAUAACUUUCUGUUAUGGAAGGAGUUUCCAUACUGUAGUGUCUUGUUGAAAAUUGUCUUAUUUAUAAGUAUGAAAUAAAUGACUGUCAUAAAGAACGCUAUGCUUGGUACUUACACAGGUGAGAAAACUGUAUAAACAGCUGGCCAUUUUACCAUGCUUUAAAUUGAA